UGAAGCGCAGCUGGACCAGCCGCCGCCGCCGUGGCUCUGCGUGGCGCUCGUCUCGUGCCCACGGUGGCCACUCUCAGAUACCAGCCAUGAUAGAAUGGCUUGCCGGCGCCCUCAUUGUUGCCGUCCUGCUUCUCGUUGUUCGCGAGAUCUACAGGAAGCCGGUCAACUUUCCACCAGGCCCGCCGUUGCUGCCGCUGCUGGGCAGCACGGCGUCGCUGCAGCUGGGUUCCACGCUGCCCCACCUGGUGUUCCAGGCGCUCGGCAAACUCUACGGAAAGGUGAUCGGGAUUUACCUGUUUGGCCAGCCGGUCAUCAUACUGAGGGACUUCGAGGUGAUUCGUAGCACCCUCAGCAAGUCAGAGUUUUCCGGCCGAGAGCAGACGUUCGUGAUUCAAAAUCGCUCCUUCUUCAAGGGAAACGGCAUCAUCUUCGGCCAGGGCGCGCACUGGUCGCUGCACCGCCGGUUCGCGCUGCAGCAGCUGCACGACCUGGGCGUGGGCCGGCCGCGAGCCGAGGGCCUGGUGCAGUUGGAGGUGGCCACGCUGGUGCAGCGGCUGGCGCGCGCCGCCGGCCACCCGACCGUGGUUAGCACCAACUUCUGCCUCAGCGGCUGCAACACCGUGCUGCAGAUCAUCGCAGGGAAGAGAUACGAGCUGGACGACCCGGUGUUCAACCAGCUGGUGAACGACACGGACACCGUGAUGCGGCUGGCCGGACCGGGCAAUGUGCUCUCGCUGGUGCCCUGGUCCCGCCUGGUGGCGCCGCGCGCCACCGGCUACCGCAGCCUGUGCGCGCUGCGUGACCUCAGCUGCCGCCUGUUCGGCGACAUCGUGGAGGAGCACCGGCGCACGCUCGAUCCGCAGCGGCCCAGGGACUACGUGGACGCCUUCCUGCUCGAGAUGGCCAAGGACGGCGCCGAGGAGAAGGACUUUACCAAGCGUCAUCUGGAGAUCCUGCUCAUGGACUUCUUCCAGGCGGGCAUCGAGACGGUGAACUCGACCCUGUGCUGGGCGUGUCCUGCUGCUGGCCCUGCACCCGGAGGUGCAGGAGCGGCUGCAGACUGACAUUGACGCCCUGGUGGGCAGCGAGCCGCUCCGCUGGGCCGACCGCACCAGUUUGCCCUACCUACAAGCGACCAUCAACGAAGUGCACCGGUUCGGAACAGUGACGAACGUGUCCGUGCCGCACUUCACGUCGUUCCA